AUUACUGCAUAUUUGUUUUGUUUUUUAUUAAUAUUUUUUAUUUUAGCACAAAAUUAAUGAACUUUAGAAGCUUAACAUGUCAACUGCCAAAUUACCAGAGUGGGUGAGUUGCAUUUCGCUGACGAAGGCCGUGCACAGCAUUUCGGAUGAUGAGGACAAAGUUAUGGCUGUAAUACCUAUUGUGGAUUCAAUUCAGUAUCGGAACUGCACCAUUCUGAUGCCCAUCAAGGUCAAGGUUCAACAGAAGGAUAUGACCACCAAAAAACUUUCGUUUGUACUGAAAGCGCAGAACAGCAGCAAGUUCCAAGCAAAGAUAAUGAGUCAAUUCAAAAUGUUCUUCAGGGAAGAUCAGAUGUAUCACCAAAUAUUACCAAAAUUUGAGGAAAUUUAUAGCGCAGCGGGCAAGACCGUUCAGUUCGGACCUCGGGCAUUCAAGCUUGAUUAUAAUAUUGGAGCCAACUAUAUAUUGCUUGAGGAUCUGAAAGCCAAAGGCUUUAAGAAUGCAGAUCGACAAGGCGGCUUCGAUCAGCUGCACAUAAAAGAGGUUUUGAAGAAACUUGCCGGGUUCCACGCUGUUUCCGCUGUCUAUGUGGAGAAAUAUGGCAUGUUCAGCAAAUUAUUUACUCUUGGGGUCUACACCAAAGGCAAUAAACCGAUAUUGAAGGAACUGAACGACGCCGAUCCGUUUCUGACGCAGCUUCGACGCUGGCGUGUUGGCACACAGUUCCACAAACGCUUAAUAGACAAGGAGAAGGUUCUCAUUGAUCGCAUUCUGGACAAUCAGACGGUGAAUCCCCAUGAGUUUAAUGUACUGAAUCACAGCGAUUGUUGGGUGAAUAAUGUGAUGUUCAAAAACGACGGGUUCGGCAAUAUCGAAGACAUUCAACUGCUCGACUAUCAAGUGGUGAAAUAUGGAAGUCCGGCCUAUGAUCUCUUCUAUACAAUACUCUCAUCGGCGAAUCGGGAUAUAAAGCUGGAAAAAUUUGACUAUUUAGUUCAAUAUUAUUUCUAUUAUCUGCUGGAGAACUUGAAGUUUCUGAAAUUUCGGCGUCCAAUGCCGGAGUUUGCAAAAAUUCAAGAAGCACUGAAUAACAAUGGUAUAGCAGCCUAUGUUGUUGUAUCGCGUGUGCUUCCCAUUGUGAUGAUGCAUGGCGAAUUCGAGGAUGAGAAUAGCGACCGUUAUGCAUCCAAAAUGAAAUGCUCGAUGUUUACGAAUCGCAAAUACAUUCAAGUCAUGAAUGAGGUUUUGCCCUGGAUGGAUGCCAGAGGCCUACUAAAUUGGAGUUAAGAACAAAAUGAAACUGUCUCUGGAUGUUUUAAUGCAAACCAUAUUAGAUUUAUGUGUUGUUUUUAAAUUUUUUACAAAAUAAAUAAAUUGUAUUGAGUCUCAAAUUCAAA